AUGCCCGAGUCCGAAGUUUCACAGACAGGAGCAUUGAUUGUCCCGGAACAGGAUCUAAAGCAAAUAUGGACAUGGAACGCACACCGACCAAAGCCUCAUGCUGCAAGUUUGCAUAGUAUAAUUGCACAGUGGGCCUCAGAAUCGCCCGGACGUCUUGCGGUUGACGCCUGGGAUGGCUCUUUUACCUUUUUGGAGCUGGACUGUUGUUCGUCACAGCUUGCGCAGCAUCUUAGUGAGUUCGGUGUGCGAGAAUCCGUUGUGGUGCCCCUCGCUUUCGAACGAUCGCGGUUUACUGUGGUUGCUAUGCUCGCAGUGCUGAAACUCGGCGCCGCUUUUUUGCUUCUUGACGCCGGACUGCCAGAGUCGCGAUUGAAGAACAUAGUUGAGCAAGUCAAGGCAGAGGUUGUGCUAGCCUCACCGGUGUAUCUCCAGCUGGCUGGCCGGCUUGCAGCAACGGUGGUAACAGUACCAGUGACUGAUAGGAUAAGCGACAGUGGCAGCGAGAGCUGCAGCAGCAGCAGCGCAGUCAGCAUGGAUGUCCGUUGUCCGCUAGAUCCUUUGUCAACGACUGCGUGCAUCGUAUUAACAUCAGGAACCACGGGCACCCCGAAGGGCAUUCUGAUAUCACAUUCCAACCUGGCGUCCACGUUCAACUACACAGCGAAAACCGUCGGUUUGAACGAGACUACCCGUAUGCUCGAUUCUGCCUCGUAUGGGUUUGAUGCUGCCAUUUACCAGGCGCUAGGAACAUUAAGUAUGGGCGGAUGUCUAUGCGUGCCUUCCGACUCGGAAAGACUCACGUCAAUAGCAUCGGUCAUUGAAAAGUUCCAAGUCAACACAGCUAUUUUGACCCCAUCUGUUGCUCGGCUAGUUGAUCCAAGAGACGUUCCAAGUCUUAAACGGCUCAAGCUGGUCGGUGAGCCACCAGGCCCAGGUUUAAUUGACAAAUGGCUUCCCUACAGCACGCUGGUUAUGGGAUACGGGCCUUCUGAAUGUGCAGUAUGCAGCAAUGCUGGCGUCUUUUACCGCGACUCAACAGCCGAGAAUAACAUCGGCCCUGCGCUGGGCUGUUGCGCUUGGAUUGUGGAUCCAGAUGACCACAACAUACUUCUCCCUGUCGGAAGAGUUGGCGAGAUGCUCUUGGAAGGGCCGAAUGUCGGCCAAGGGUAUUUAAACGACAAAGAACGAACAGAUGCAGCAUUCGUGAAUUCGCCAAGAUGGUUAACCUCAGGGUUUAGCUUCGUGCGAGGUCGAAAUGGCACAUUGUACAAGACCGGUGAUUUGGUACAGUACGAUCGCGACGGAUCAAUUCUUUAUAUUGGCCGGAAAGACCAACAGAAGAAGCUUCAUGGACAGCGGAUUGAUUUGACGGAGAUAGAACAUGCCAUGGUGCAAACACUUCCUAUCAAGAUGGAAGUAAUUGCUGAAAUUUGCACCACCGCGGUGUCUCCGAGCAAAUCGCAGCUGAUCGCGUUCUGUUGCCUGACGUCGCCAAAGUCUUUGGUUGAGCAGAAUUCACCUUCUGAAAUCGCAGGAGGGACAAGUAUCCUUCUAUCGGCGAGCAAAAAGUUCUUGGCUACUAGCCAACAAAUUCGAGAGAAACUACAGCUCCAUCUUCCUUCAUAUAUGAUUCCUACCUUCAUAUUCCCUGUUUCUGAAAUCCCGAGGGCGAAACCCUCUGACAAGCUGGAUCGAAAAAGAGUGGUUCAAGAAGUUGGACAACUCAGCCAAACCCAGCUGCGUAAAUACUUUCCAGCUUCCUCUAAGCAAGUAAACACACACAAAGAGAAAUUGCUCCAAACUAUGCUGAGAGAAGUACUUGCUUUGGAUAUCGAUAUUUUGACCGAUGAUCAUUUCUUCCGACUGGGUGGAAAUUCCAUCACAGCUAUUGAGCUAAUCGCAAUUGCGCGCAAGCAAGGAAUGCUUCUGCUUAUGAGUGAUGUUUUGAACCAUGAUAAUCUGGCCGAUUUGGCGAGCAGGAUGGCUGACCUCGAGGAUACUGGGAAAGUAAUUGAGCCGAUUCCAGCCUUUUCACUAUUGUCGAGUGAGCAGCAAGAGCUUGCUCUCCAAAAAGCCAAAGAACAAUAUGACAUCGAUGCAGCGAGUAUCGAUGAUAUUCUACCUUGCACCCCACUGCAAGAAGGCAUGAUGGUACUUGGGCAACAAAGGCUUGGUGGAAACAUUGCGCAACGGAUAUUCGACCUGGCACCUGGUACAGAGCUAGGUAGGCUCAAAGACGCAUGGAAGACCGUUUCACAAUUGAACAGCAUCUUGAGAACGCGAAUAAUUGAUACAUCCACCAAGCUUUUGCAAGUUGUGAUACGAGAUCCGCUAAUUGUUGAGGAAUAUGACGAUUUAAAACUAGACACCGAGUCUACAAUGAGCUUCAUCAUUAGCCGAAUGGGACUUGGAGCACCUCUGGUUGAUGUUGCAAUCCUGUUGAGCGACGAACAUACACGGCCAGACCGGCUCAUCUGGACGGCUCACCAUGCGGCCUGCGACGGGUGGCAGGUUCCCCAAAUCUUCGCCCAAGUGGAGUGUGCUUAUCGGAGUGAUGUGGCCCUUCCAGAAGUUGAUUUUAGCCAUUUCGUUAAGUACAUCACCGAGGCAGAUAAUGAAAAGCAAGAUAUAUAUUGGAAGACACAACUUGCCGGGCCGACCCCGUCUACCUUCCCCCCGUCCCAUCAGAAGUCGAGUUCCGAAUGGGCAAAUGAAUCCAAGAACCUCCCGGUUUACUUGGGAAACCUUGCCAAAAGAGGUUUUUUAUUGGCCACAAGUAUCAACCUGGCCUGGAGUAUGGUUAUCGCAGCCUAUGUCGAAUCACCUGAUGUCAUUUUCGGCUUGACUCUGACUGGGAGAAAUGCGCCUGUGGCAGGGAUCGAGAGCAUGACAGGUCCAACCAUCACAACUGUUCCGUUUCGGCACUUGAUUGACCACAGUCUCAAAGUUGACCAGGCUCUUGACCGCAUUCAAAAACAAUUGUCGAACAUGGUUCCAUUUGAGCAGGCGGGAUUGCAAAAUAUCCGACGAACGAGCCCUGAAGCGGCGUCCGCCUGCAACCUGCAAUCUCUGCUAAUUAUUCAACCUGCAAUGGUGAAUGACGUACCCCAUGAGGUGUUGAUUAAUGGCAAGGAAGUGAAAUCUCGGCUUGCUUUCAGCAAUUACCCACUGACAAUGGAAUGCACCAUCUCCCCAGGAGAGCAGCUUGUGAAUUUAUCUGCCCAGUUCAACAGUCACAUCAUCCACCCGGAUCAAAUGAUCCAUAUUCUCCAUCAGUUCAGUCAUGUUCUUCAUCAGAUUCAUGAGAACUCGGAUGUUCCUCUCCAAAAGAUUAAUAUGUUAAGCCCGUUUGAUCUCGAACGCCUGACUGACUGGAACAAUGCCUGUCCCGUGGCAGCAAGUCAUACACUGAACCAAUCGGUCGAAACACACUCUGCAGCAGAGCCUAAAAGGCAAGCUGUGGAUGCAUGGGAUGGAAGUCUGACUUUCCAUGAGUUGGAUACAUUUGCUUCGCAGUUUGCAAACCACCUACAGCAGCUUGGUGUUCAUCCCGAAGAUGUUGUACCAGUCUGUCUUGAAAAGCCCCGACUAGUACCUGUUGUAAUGCUCGCUAUCCUGAAGACUGGGGCUGCCUGUACUCUAGUGGACGAUCGUCUUCCACAGAAUAGGGUCAAUCAGAUGUUGUCAAAUAGUCGUGCCAGGUAUUUUGUGUGUUCUGAGACGUCGCAUAAUCAGUUUGACCUCUCGCAGACAGAUGCUAAGAAACUGCUCGUUACCUUGAACCUCAUCCAGCAAUUACCUUCGUGCACCAAUGCAGUCUGGAACACAAACCCUGACACUCCGGCAUUUGUUGUUUACACCUCUGGAAGUACAGGCCACCCAAAGGGCGUUGUACUAGAGCACCGAGCACUUUCCACGAGUAUUCUUGCCCAUGGAGCCUCUUUGAAAAUUGGUAGAGAGUCACGAAUGCUCCAAUUUGCGUCUUGUUCCUUUGAUAUCAAUCUGUACGAACACAUGACCACCCUAGUUCUCGGCGGAUGUGUCUGCAUUCCCUCCAACGAUGCACGUAUGAACCAGCCAGCGCAGUAUGCACGAGAAAGCGGUGCGAAUAUUACACUCUCGACCCCUACAGUUAUGCGCGCACUAGGCCAAGAGGAUAUCCCGACCAUGCAAAUGAUUUCCCUUGGUGGAGAGCCGAUAACACACAAUGUUGUGGAAAUUUGGAAACAACGUGCACAGGUUUGCAACGGCUACGGGCCUGCAGAAUGCACCAUUUGCGCCAUACAUCCGAUUAAAGAGCAGGAUGGAGUCAACCCACUCGGAACGAUCGGUCGUGGACUUGGAUGUAUCUUUUGGGUGGUCGAUAUCGCUGAUUCAUCCCGGCUAGCGCCAGUUGGUGUGGUUGGCGAGCUUUACAUCGAAGGCCCAAUAUUAGCACGGGGCUACUUGAACGACAGCGAGAGCACGGCAAAGGCAUUUUUAUCACCACCAGACUGGCUGCGCAGAUUCAGACCAAAUGGCUCGGGCGAUCGGGUUUACAAGACGGGUGAUCUCGUUCGGUACAACACUGACGGGACCGUCGUUUUCGUUGGGCGUCGAGAUACGCAGACUAAGUUACGUGGUCAGCGCAUCGAGCUAUCAGGUGUGGAGUACCAUCUCAAAAACCAAUUGGUUAACUCGUCUAUCGUUGUCGAAGUGGCUUCAUUACUCGGAACAAACCAUCUAGUUGGCUUCGUUGAGAAUCAUAAUCAAAGUGGAACCACUGGAGACAGCUCCGUGCAAGAUUCUCCGUCGAAUGACGAACAGUUGAGCACAGGCCAAACUCGUGCUCCGGAGUUCUCAUUCAAGGCAUUUUCGGAAAGUCGGGAGGAAGAUUCCCGUGCUCUUCAAGCACUAUCUUUGGCUUUGCCUCCCUAUAUGGUUCCAUCAUUGAUCCUCCGUGUAACGACCAUGCCGAAGACAAUGACAGGCAAGACGGAUCGCAAAGCAUUGCGCGAAGCUGUAAGCAAGCUCACACUGGACGAUGUAUCACUCGCGAUGCAAUGUAGUAAAAACGAGCACCGGCUGCCUUCCACUGACGUUGAGAUCAAGUUGCGCAAUUUGUGGGCAGAAAUUCUCCGUCUACCAAAGGACUCCAUUGGUGCUGAUGAUAAUUUCCUCGCUCGAGGGGGUGAUUCUAUUGCCGCUAUGCGGCUUGUCAGUUCGGGACGGUCACGGGGAAUUUACCUUACAGUCCAAGAUGUUCUGAUGGCCCCGGAAUUGAGCUCUAUGGCUGAAAUUGCGGCUCAAAAGCUAGCCAGUCACAAUAACCCCAAGCAGUCUAACGGCCAAAAUGUAUGGGAGCCCUUCCAUGCACUUCCCAAUGAGGCCAACACUAGACAAGAGUUGAUUCAUGACAUUCUUCGGCCAAUGGAAAUGGACGUGGAGAAGAUUUCGGAUAUCAUUCCCGCGACCAGCUUGCAGGAGUUUGCGCUUUCGAACUGCGCGACGUUCUUCGUUUUUAACGUCGGGGACCGUCUUGACAUAAAUAAGGCAAUUUUGACCUGGGAAGCACUCGUCGCACAGCACGACGUCCUGCGCACCCUCUUCGCUUUCCACAAAGGAAGGUUCUACCAAGUUAUUCUGAAAAGCUUGCCCAAGAUUCCACAUGUCGUUCACACCAUUGCUGAAGACACGGACGCCGCGCUCGACCAGCUCCUGAGAGAUACUGGAGCAUCAGAGCCACUGCCUAUGGGAUCCUCGCCGCUGAAAUUCGUGACAGUCGACACUCCACAGAACCGAUACCUCGUCCUUCGUAUGUCGCAUUCACAGUACGAUGGUUUCAGCAUUUCAGAAUUUUGGGGUGAUUGGGGUUUAGCAUUCGAUGGCCAUCCCCUACCUCCCCGCCGUUCAUAUGCUGACUUCGUAUACUCGUCCGACGCACUGGGUGAGCACGGUGGAUAUUCCUAUUGGAAAUGUCUCUUGAGUGGCUCCUCCAUGACCUACCUAGCGACACCACCUGCGGACACCAUUGGAACAGAUGGCAACAGUCAGCUGGUCGAAAGGAAAACAGUGGUCGAGAACUUCCAUAGCCCUCCCGGAAUUACACUGGCCACUUUCGUCCAGGGAGUCUGGGUGAUGACGCUUGCACGGUGGACGCGGAAGCGUGAUAUUGUUUUCGGGCUCGUCACCAGUGGACGGCGGAGCAAGAGACACGAUUUCGACACAGUCAUGGGCCCAUGUCUGCAAAUCAUGCCUGUGCGCGCAAAGCUGCAGAAUGAUUGGAGCAUGCAUGAUCUCUGCCAGCUUCUUCAGCGGCAAGGCACCGACAGCAUGGAGUUUGAGGGAAUGGAGCUAUCCAGGAUCGUAGAGCAUUGCACCGAAUGGGACCCUAAUGCUCCGCUGGGAACCUGGGUCCAGCAUGACGACACGGACUGGAACGCCUCCUUAGUCCUAGGCGGCACAGACUAUGGCACUCCACGGGUAUAUGAUGAGCCGUAUGGACAGGACGAUAUUGGGCUGGAGAGCAUGUCUCUGGGAGACGGAAGGCUUGAAGUCAAGCUGUCCUCACCAUCGUAUCUACUAAACGAUGAGACAUUCGAAGAGUUACCGAAAAUGACAGUUCAGAUGAUGAAGGAUAUUUCUGCGAAUCCGGAUGUGAUGUUGGUUACAUUCCUUCCAGCAGAAACUGGACUGGAUAAUCCGACCACUCACUUCCGUUGA